AUGUCGUCUAGUAUGGCUUCCGAAGCUCAGAAUCACUUUGAGAUCGCAGACAAGUCUAAGAAAGGCGAUACUGCUGAAUGCCAUCAUGUUGAGAGAGGCGAACUUCCCGAAACCGCGGCCAUCAACGAGGGCCAAACUUCUGCGCGCAAGAAGACGAACCCCGCCGAGAUCAAACUGGUGAAGCGUUUAGACCGAAUAAUCAUUCCCGUUCUGUGGAUAAUGUAUUGGUUCAACUAUCUUGACCGCAACGCCAUCACGGUUGCACGACUAAACAACAUGGAAAAGGAUCUCAACAUAACGUCAACUGAGUAUCAGACCUGCGUCUCAAUACUCUUCGUGGGCUACAUUCUAGGGCAGAUCCCAAGCACUCAAGACUUCAAGGGUCUGCUUCUUACACGGUUUUUCUUGGGGGUUUUAGAGGCUCCCUUUUACCCGGGCGCUCUCUACAUACUUGCCAUGUUUUACACGAGGCAGGAAAUCGCCACGCGCAUAUCCAUCUUAUUCACGGCAAACAUUUGCGGAACUGCAUUUGCAGGCCUCAUCGCCGUCGGGGUCUUCGAAAUGGAACAGGUCGCCGGCCUGGCCGGAUGGAGGUGGCUAUUCAUUAUCCAAGGGAUCCUCACCUUUGUCAUCUCCAUUGCCUCGGCCUUCAUUCUGCCCAACGAGCCACUCAACACACACUGGCUGUCAGAAAGCGAGAAAACGCUAGCUCAAUCUCGUGUUGCGGUAGACACAGUUGAGCUCCAGGAAAACACCAGUACUUGGGCUGGUCUUGUCGAAGCAGCUCGCGACCCACGCCUCUGGGUUCUGGUGCUAGCCCAACAUUUUCAUAUGGCGGCGAGCAACUUCAAGAACUUCUUUCCCACAAUCGUCGACACCUUGGGCUUCAGCCGUAACGCCACUCUGGUCCUUACCUGCCCCCCCUAUUUGAUAUCUGGGGCGAUAUCCAUUGCAUGGGCUGCUAGCUCCGGUAAGUGA